ACUGCACCCCGGCCACACUUUUGACGCACUUUGGCUUUCUGGUUUGCGAAAACAUUCGGCCAUUUUUGCAAACGGUUUCUGAAAGCCUUACACUCUGCAUCGUGUGUUUUCCGGUUGAGUUUGCAAGCGGAGCCGACUUUAGGGUCCAUGGCCUUUCUAGGGAGCGCAGUUCGCCGUGUGGUGUUGGCAGCCCGGCCUCCACUGUCUCCUUUGUGCCGAACAAGCACCCGGUCAUACAGCACAGAGCAAACCAAGGAGAAAAAUGUUCCUUAUGAGAAGACACUCAAACAGGAUGAAGGAGUCUCCUCUGGGCCCACCAAGCCUUUACCCAGGUCAGCGGAUGCGGUUGUCAUUGGAGGUGGCAGUCUGGGCUGUCAGACUGUCUAUCACUUGGCUAAAAUGGGUAUGACCAAUGUAGUUUUGCUGGAGCGAGACAGACUAACUGCUGGCACCACCUGGCACACUGCAGGCCUGCUGUGGCAGCUUCGUCCCAGUGAUGUUGAGGUAGAGCUCUUGGCCCACACCAGAAAUGUGAUCAGUAAAGACCUGGAGGAAGAGACGGGUCUCCACACGGGCUGGAUCCAGAAUGGAGGUCUCUUCAUAGCCUCCAAUAAGCAGAGGCUGGAUGAGUACAAGCGCCUUAUGUCGCUGGGUAAGGUUUAUGGCAUCGAGUCUUAUGUCUUGUCACCUGCGGAGACCAAGGACCUGUAUCCUCUGAUGAAUGUUGAUGAUCUGUAUGGAACCCUGUAUGUGCCAAAAGACGGCACCAUGGACCCAGCAGGAACAUGUACGACCCUGACCAGAGCUGCCUCGGCCAGGGGAGCUAUGGUGAUUGAGAACUGCCCUGUGACUGGAAUCCAAGUCAGGACAGAUGACCUUGGAGUGAAAAGGGUGAAAGCAGUGGAAACGGCUCAUGGGACCAUUGAGACACCCUGUGUUGUGAACUGUGCAGGUGUGUGGGCCACCAAGCUGGGGGAGAUGGCAGGGGUCAAGGUGCCUCUCAUUGCAAUGCAUCACGCCUAUGUAGUGACAGAGAGAAUCGAAGGUAUUCAGAACAUGCCAAAUGUGAGGGACCAUGAUGCAUCAGUUUACCUGCGCCUUCAAGGUGAUGCCCUGUCCGUGGGUGGUUAUGAGCAGAAUCCUAUCUUCUGGGAUGAGGUAUCGGAUAAGUUUGCUUUCAGCUUGUUUGACCUGGACUGGGAUGUAUUUAUGCAACAUAUUGAGGGAGCAAUCAACAGAGUUCCUGUUCUAGAGCAGACUGGCAUCAAGUCCACAGUCUGUGGACCAGAAUCAUUCACAGCAGACCACAAACCGCUGAUGGGAGAAGCUCCAGAGGUCAGAGGUUUCUUCCUGGGUUGUGGCUUCAACAGUGCUGGUAUGAUGCUGGGAGGUGGUUGUGGUAGAGAACUGGCUCACUGGAUCAUACGUGGCCGUCCUGAAAAGGAUAUGUAUGGAUACGACAUCAGACGUUUUCAUAACUCUCUGACCGACAACGCACGCUGGAUCAGAGAGAGAAGCCAUGAGUCAUACGCGAAAAAUUACUCUGUGGUGUUUCCCUUUGAUGAGCCGCUGGCCAGUCGGAACAUGAGGAAGGACCCCUUCCAUCAGGUGCUGACGGAGCAGGGCUGUGUGUUUCAGGAGAGACACGGCUGGGAGAGACCCGGCUGGUUCAACAAAGAUGGGCCCGCUCCUGUUAAAGACUAUGAUUACUACGGAGCUUAUGAGACCAAGAAGAACGUGAACUACAAAUAUAAUGAAUUGCUGGGCAAAGAAUACACAUUUGACUUUCCUCCACAUCAUGACGUGAUUAAAAGCGAGUGCCUCUCAUGUAGACACGGUGUGGCUGUGUUUGACAUGUCCUACUUUGGAAAGUUCUAUCUCACUGGACCAGAUGCCAAGAAGGCGGCUGAUUGGCUGUUCACUGCUGAUGUCAACAAGAAGCCAGGCUCCACUGUGUAUACCUGCAUGCUGAAUAAGAGAGGAGGGGCAGAGGCUGACCUGACGGUGAGCAGACUGGAGCCCGGCACUGCCAACUUGCCCCUGGCGCCAGAGUCCAACGGAGACGCGUACUACCUUGCCAUUGGAGGUGGUGUGGCAGAACACAACUGGAACCACAUCAGAACGGUUCUUCAGGAUCAAGGCUUCCACUGCCAUCUUACAGAUUUCUCUGAGGACAUGGGGAUGAUCAGCAUCCAGGGACCAAAGAGUCGAGCUGUUCUUCAGGAGGUUUUGGACACAGACCUGAGCAAUGAAGCUUUCCCUUUCUCCACACACAAAGUCGUGAAUGCAGCAGGGCAUCAGGUGCGAGCAAUGCGUCUGUCAUUUGUCGGAGAGCUCGGCUGGGAGCUGCAUAUUCCUAAAGACUCUUGCCUUCCAGUCUACAAUGCUGUCAUGGCUGCCGGUGCCAAACACGGCAUCAUCAACUCAGGCUACAGGGCCAUUGACUCACUGAGCAUAGAGAAAGGUUACAGACACUGGCACGCUGACCUACGUCCAGAUGACACCCCUUUAGAGGCAGGGCUGGCAUUUACCUGCAAACUAAAGGGCUCAAUCCCAUUCCAAGGACGUGACAUGUUGGAAAAACAGAAAAAGGAGGGGCUAAAGAGAAAAAUCGUGUGCUUUACCAUUGAUGAGAAAGUGCCAAUGUUUGGUCUAGAGGCCAUCUUCCGAAAUGGAGUUCCUGUGGGUCACCUGCGACGCUCUGACUAUGGCUUCUUUAUUGACAAAACAAUUGGUUAUGGAUAUAUCCGCAACCCUGAUGGAGGAGUGGUGAGUGCUGAUUUCAUAAAGACCGGGGAAUUUACUCUUGAGAGGAUGGGAGUGACGUACAAGGCCAAAGCCCACAUCAGAUCACCAUUUGAUCCUGAGAAUAACCGUGUCAAGGGCAUCUAUGCUUGAGGAGGACCACCUGAGGAACAGUGAAGAUGUGACGGGCAAUGUAACUGAUUCAUUUUACAUGAAUUUGCAGCUUUUUCCAUUUGUCAAACACUAAAGACAACAAAUCCUCAUCAGAUUAUAUACAAAAUGAAAUAAAAUGCUAAGCUUUACCACUAGUUUACGCUGGAUGUCUUUACCUGUCUUGGUAAAGAACUAUCAGCUAACUUAGUCAGUUCUCUACCUAGACAGCAGUUGCCUUAGAAACAUAUGAGUUUAAGUGUCCUGUACAAGGCCACAGAUUCUUUGUCUUUUAUUUUCUAACUCCCCGCUCAGCCUUGUAUGCUCCUUUCUGUUUACCUCGAUGUUGCCUGGUAACACAUGCACACUGGGCCGUUGGUACAUUUCAGUUCUUAAGCUUAGAAUUUUAAUUGGGAUAAUGUUUAAUUAAGUAAUGGAUACAGAUGUAUGUGCCGACUUAAAUUAAAUGCCAUACAUUCUUUUUAAGAAGUGGCCAGUAUCUCAUAUAUUUUAGCCAGAGACGGAAACACGCUAUUAUUUGAGGGAAUUUUAUAAUGUUGGCACUGUCCUGCUUCUCUUUUAAAGGUUCAGUGUGUAAGAUUCAGUGACAUCUACUGGUGAAAUUGCAUAUUGCACUGCCUGGCCAUCACCCUGACCCUGACCUAUGAUGGCUGCUAAAACUGCAAAAGGCCCUCAUUUGAGUAAUAAGUGCUUUUGUUGUGCUUUCUGACAAGCAAAUAAACAUUGCCUAUUCCAGUGUUUUGGCAAAGAAAUAAUGUCUGAACAUCCUAACACACCGGAAUGCAUCAUGUGACCAGGGAGGCUGGACAAUGGACUCGCUUAGAAAACAUUUUGUAGUACCAUGAUAAAAAGCAGAAUUUAACCACACAGUGACUAGAAGCAACGCUAAUGAUCACUUGUAAUUCAGUCAAAAUUGAUAAACUAAAGAAGCAAGAUUCCAAACUUGAGGCAUUUAACCACAUCACAACCUUUGUUCUACGAAUAGAGACGGAGUCUGAUCUAUUUCAAUGCACUUCUUUAGGAGAACAGGCUCAUUUAUGUGAAUAAACAAGUCACUUUGUGGAAACUGUUGGUUCCAUAACAAUCAGACGACCUCUGGGAUGAUCUUUAACAUCUUAUCCAAACACUAGGAAAUUAUGACGCCACCUGGUAAGAUCUUAAAUCAACUAAAUGAUCAUUUUGAGAGACAAAUUCACUUUUCUAUGAGCUCAUGAAAAACAAAACAAAGUAAAACCAAAAUGAAGAAGGUACAUGACUCUUCAAUCCAACACAUUGACGUCUCUUUGGUAAAACCUCAGAACUCCUAAUUCUUAAUAUUAAUGAACAUUUUAGGUGACAUUCUCAUGUUUAGAAGUGAAAAUACUACAUAUAGCCUGUUGAAGAUACCUUGUGUGUGGACACAAGAUAUGAAUUCUUCUUUUAUGAUACAGUCAUUAAAAAAAAAAAAGUUGUAAAUAUUAUAUCCCAUUUCUAUUACUGCAUCUUCCUAAAUCCCUGUAGAUCUUACAGACUGGACCUUUAAUUUGUCAUGUGAGGAUAAAGUGUCCAUGAGCAGUGUCCUGUGAGCAUACAAUGCUGUGUUUGGGGAACAGUCAUCUCACAUUCUGUAAGGCCUGCAGGCAGUUUGAGUCAGAUUACAACGACUGAUGUGUGUGCUGAUAAAAGUGAGUAAAAACAGACUUUUAUGCUUUCAUUUUGCUCAAUGCUAUCUAAAUCUUAAGCAGUCAGCCUCAAUGUUUAGGGGGAAAAUAUCCUGCGGCUCUGUAUCAACCGGGGACAAAACACUGCUGAAGAAGAAUGACAGAAAAAAAGAUGACAGUUAUCAGAAAGCAGCUGUUACUGAUAAACCCCCCUUGUUUCCUGUCUGUCCCCCAUUGCUGUGCACCGCAGCGUUAAUCUGCAGUUAAUGUCGCUUGCUGUCAUGCAAACUUGCUUUUAUUUUUUAUUUUUAUUUUUAAAAGAUUCAAUCUCAUACUAAUUGUGGUGCAAGAGGUUAGACAACACAUUUUGCUGCUUAAGUCCUGCUUUAGAACUGCUGAGAGGACUUUGCUGUGAAGUGGAUCAUAAAUUUAGAAGUCUCAAUGCAACUUAUUUCUACCUAGAAUUAUCAUAAAGCAGUAGAAACUGUUGAGAUUGUAUCAACAGGAAAGUAAUCAGUGCUAAGCCUUUUGAAAUGAUACUCGGUCUGCAACAUGGAUGCUUAGAGAAGGAAUAGGACUAGUGUUGGAUGGACUGCUGUAUGUUGGUCCAUUUGAUAAAUGCUUUAGAAAUGAAAUUAAAAAAUACAGUCUCUAGAAGUUUUUUGAGGUCAGCCAUUAAUUAAGGGAUUUUACACUUCAGAUUAUGGUGCUUAUUCAUUUACAGACUGUAUAUAACUAAAACUAUAAAAAAAAAAACAACAACCUUUUGCUAACAAGUAGCCUUUAGUAUUGCAUUGCGAUAAGCAAAGAAUUUAAGUCUCUUUGAUAGUACGGCUUUAAAAAAAAAAAAAAAAUAGUGUGUAGAUGUCUUCUGUUAAACUUUUUACACAAUGUCAAUCAGUAGAAGGUUUUUGAAAUGAGAUUGAAUUAAAUUUUCUAAUAUAUUUUUUAAAAGCAUGCAGGUACCUUUUUAAUUUUUAUAUAAAAACUGAGCAAAUGGACAAUAUCUGUUGACCAACUUGAUAAUUCAGUUCAUAUCAGUGUUUACUUACUUAAUUGUAACUAUGUAGUUUUAAUCUUCUUAACCUUUAUGUGGAAUUAUAUUUGCAACUCAUGUUUACGUCCAUUUUCAGUCGCACAGUUUUAGCUCAAUGAAAUGAAGCCAGAGUAGAGGUCAACAAUGCGUCUCACUGAACAAGCGUUUUGUAUGUAUAACUACUCAUCUCUCUGAUGUGUGUUGCUGCAUGUUCAGCUCAAAAUGUUUGCUAAUUUGAAAUGGUUCAUUGAUUCCACCCAAAAGACCAUUAAUCAUUGAAAUGGUUUUUCUCAGGAGUAGCUUUAGUUAAUACAAGAUUUAUAAUGGGAAGGAGACUGAUAAAACGCUGUCAAAACUGGCCCUUUUCCACCACAUGUUCAGAGGUUGCUCUUUUUUCCCUCAAGAUGGUUUAUUUCAUUUCUCUUCAUUAUUUAGUGUAACUUAAAUGUACCAAAGUCUUAAUGAUAUAAAUGAAGUAGGGUUAAUACUGAAGUGCAAAGAGUAUUGAUUUCUCUGUUCAAAUCUGUGCUAAUGGACACUGCAUUUAUUAUUCUUGUCAUCAAAUACAUUUUGACCAGUUGUGAGAACACAGAACUGUGAAAGGCACCAGUCCAAAUUGAAUCUUUAUGCUGCAACAGCCUUAUUUAUUCUGUCCAGAGCAGUUGAUGUUUUAAUAAAUUUCCUUUUAAC